GGCGGCGCCAACUUGAGAUUUGUUUGGUUCAAUCUUUGUCGCUGCAACGUCGACGAUGGGGCGAGCUCUCAAGGGAAUGGCCAAGGCCAAGCGCGUGUUCACGGUCGACGACGAUGAGUAUGACGAUGGAACAUCUGCGAAUGUUCAGCACUCGGACGGUGGUGGGUCGCCCUCGGACGACGACGACAACGAUCAUCAUGCUAACUACAACCGCGGCCCGUCUGCCCUUCGCAUCCGCGCGAGUCGGUUUGACGACACUGACCCGACAUACGAAGGGAAGGUUGUCAAGCGCGCGGACUUGCGUGACGACGGGGACAACGAUGAGGAUGACGAGGAUGCUGUGGAGCGCAACAUGGAGGAAGAGUGGUCCGAAGGCGAACCGUUCGCUGCGUCCGACGACGAAGAUGCCGAGGAAUCAGGCACCGAGUCGGACAAUGCCCCACUCGACGAGGUUGUCGAAGAAGACAGUGACGAGGAUCACCCCCGCUCCGUGUCCCGCGGUCCUCUCGACGACAACGACGACGUCGACGACGUGAUUCGCAACUUGGAGGACGAGGAUGACGCUGCGAUUCUGAUGCGUGGCGCCGACGCAGGCCAGCACGACCGUGCCAAACACGUGUAUCAUCAAAAGCUCAUCUACGAACGUUGCUUGGAGCUUCAAAUCUCCAUCAAGCAGAUCCUCACGGCAGUACACGACGUGUCCUCCAACAACGACAACCCAAACACCACCGCCGCGCUGGCCGCGUCCAUCCGCACGUCCAUGGCGUCCUUGAGCGUUAUGCAACAACAGCUGUACACACUCCCCGACAUGGCGGCGACAACGACGACAUCACGCCCGUCGACGAAGAAGCGGGCGUUCGAUGACACUGUGCAAAACUGCUGGGCCGCCAUCGAUGCCGAAUCAACCGCUGCCCUCGGAGUGUACGAACCCAUUUUGAACAAACAGUCGGUGCAAGCCGACACCCAAGGCAAGAAAUUCAAAGCCGUGAACCAAGACAUUCUCGUGCAAGUGGACGCGGUGCUCGCCGACGCGCAGCGCGUCCGCCGCAAAGCGCACCCGGUCGUGACAGACGACGACGACGCUAACUCUACCGACCACGACGACAUCCUCGACGAAACCACGUACGAUGACAAGGACUUUUACCACCACCUGCUCAAAGAGUACAUUGAGUCGGGAACGACCGUCGAUGAUGCGGCCGCCGCCGCCGCCGCGCAGCUCAAACUCAAGCGCAAAGUGAACAAAAAGAUCAACCGAAAGGCCAGCAAAGGCCGCGUGAUCAAGUACACGGUGCUUCCCAAGCUCCAGCACUUUAUGUUUCCCGACCCGAGCGCAUUCCGACGCACAGACAUCAACGUGGACGAGCUGUUCCGGUCUUUAUUUACUUCGUCUGCUGCAUCCACCCUCGACGCCUAAGCAUCACGAACGACUAAUACACACUUGCGUUCGUCAUACUACUAACUACUAACUGCGACAUACUUGAGAG